UUGCCUUAUUGGUUACAGAGAGUAUAUUCUUAGACCCAGUUGGUUGAUUUGUUAGGUCUUCUUUAAUAUAACGUGAUUUGACGAAACUAAAAAGCAGCUUCUGUUUUUUACGUGUAUGCAGUGUUAGAAAGGUAACAUACAGUAGUUUAUAGUUAUGCCCUGCCAGGUCAUUGUGCCAGACCAGGUAGGCGGACCACCUGACAUAGUGUUUAGGAUGACACAGGUAAAGAGAUUAUUUCUAAGGAAGGAAAGACUAGAGGUAAACAGUGAUGAAACGACUCCAUCCUAGGGCACAACCAGAAGCCACUGGCAGCUGCACUGAGGAGGACAACAGUGAACAAGAUGAGUCCUCAUCCCUUAGGGCAUCGUGGUCCUGGGUGCGCACCAUGAAUUACGUGGGGCAGUUGGCGGGUCAGGUGCUGGUGACCAUGAAGGAGCUAUAUAAGGGCAUUAACCAGGCCACGCUCUCAGGCUGCAUUGAUGUGGUGGUGGUCCGGCAGAAGGACGGCACCUACCAGUGCUCCCCUUUCCAUGUGCGCUUUGGAAAACUGGGUGUGCUGCGCUCAAAAGAGAAAGUGAUUGACAUAGAGAUCAACGGGGAGCCUGUGGAUCUCCAUAUGAAGCUGGGAGAUAAUGGAGAAGCCUUCUUUGUGCAGGAAACUGAGGAACAAAAUGAGAUUGUACCAGCCCACCUGGCUACCUCACCCAUCCCCACUGAGAGUCACCUAUUUUGGAUCGCAGGAGAUCACAGGCCAAGUCAGAAACUGGAUGAUGAUCCACUGGACCCGGAGGACCCUCCUGAUCCCCCUGUUGCCAGCACUGGGGCAGCCAAGAAGAAGAAGAAACGGAGAAAGAAGCAUAAAGGCGACCCACGCAGAGAGGAGCUGACCCCUCCUGCCGUCAUUAAUUCGACACCUUCAGCAGAUGACAUAUUUGAGAUGGACCUGAGUUCUGAUGAGGACGCUGCUUCUAACACCAGAUCAUCUUCAAUCAGUACAGUUCGAGAAAUUGAACCCAAGUUACCAACAGUUCGUCAUUCUUUGGAUAACUACCCACACUCAGACGGAGACUGGUCUCCAUCAGAUAGUCAUGCUAUGUCAGGGGCCUGUUCUCCCAAGAGUGACUCUGAACUGGUCAUUCGGCCCUCAGAGAGCCUACUCAAAAUGGAGUCACACAUGCAGUGGACAUGGGGAGCGUUUCCAGAAUCUACCAGGGUGUCUAAGAAAGAAAAGGUGGAGCUGCUGAAGACCGUGACCAUAACACCUUCAGAGAACACUCACUUCAGAGUAAUCCUGAGCUCAGAGGCCAUGGAGACAGAUGAAAGAGAACUGGCCUCAGGGAGUCCUGGCUGUACCAUAGUCAAGCCUGAACCCCGUACCCCUGUGACCCCCAAAACUCCCACUGAGUCCGAGCUGGAGAUGGUGCCUGGUGGAGUGUUGACCUCCACUCCUUCAAACAGCCUUCCUGCUGCUCCAGCUGCUUCCUCUGCAGCUCAUAUUGGUGGGGACUUGGGAGAUGUUGGCCCCAAGACUGACUCGCCAUCCAAAAAAAAAGGCGUGCCAAAAAGGAGUCAGCACCAGGGUCCAGAGGACAUCUAUCUGGAUGACCUGAAUGUGCUGGAGCCUGAUGUUGCUGCCCGCUACUUCCCUAAGAGUGACUCGGACUCAGGCACCAAGCACUGGAUGGAUUCUGGGAUGCACUCAGGCUCUCAGUCCCCACAGUCUGUGGGCAGUGCUGCGGCCGACAGUGGCACUGAGUGCCUGUCUGACUCUGCCAGUGACCUCCCUGAUGUCACUCUGUCUCUGUGUGGAGGACUCGGUGAGAACGGAGAGAUUUCCAAAGAAAAAUUUAUGGAGCAUAUCAUUACGUACCAUGAAUUUGCAGAGAAUCUAGCUGUCAUAGACAAUCCGAAUUUAGUUGUUAAAAUAGGAAAGAGGUAUUAUAAUUGGACAUUGGCUGCCCCUUUGAUCCUAAGUUUACAAGCAUUUCAGAAGAAUUUACCCAAGGCUACAGAGGAAGCUUGGGUGAAAGAGAGGAUGCCAAAGAAAUCAGGCCGCUGGUGGUUCUGGAGAAAGAGAGCGGACAGCACUGUUAAACAGUCAGAAAGCACUGGAAAGCUGGAGAUAAAGCAGUCCCAAAUGGAGGAAGGCAGCUCGUCUUUGUCAAUGGAAAGUCAUGCCCGCAAAGUGGACACCAGGGACUCAUCCAGCGAUGAGGAGGGGAAGGAAUUGAGUGCCGCCGCAUCAUCAAUGGAGCGCAAGGUCCAGUCUGAGCCCCACACGACCACUCAUUCCUACCGCAAGUCCCUGCGCCUCUCCUCCGACCAGAUUGCUAGUCUGAAACUGAAGGAAGGACCCAACGAUGUGACCUUCAGCAUUACGACGCAGUACCAGGGCACGUGCCGUUGUCAAGGCUCCAUCUACCUUUGGAACUGGGAUGACAAAGUCAUCAUCUCAGACAUCGAUGGAACCAUCACCAAAUCAGAUGUGUUCGGGCAAAUUUUGCCUCAGUUUGGGAAGGACUGGACGCAUCAGGGUAUUGCUAAACUCUACCACUCCGUGGCUGAAAAUGGAUAUAAAUUCCUGUACUGCUCAGCAAGGGCAAUUGGAAUGGCAGACAUGACGCGAGGAUAUCUGCAAUGGGUAAAUGACAGAGGCAUUAUCCUGCCCUGUGGACCACUCAUGCUUUCUCCCAGUAGCCUCUUCUCUGCAUUUCACAGGGAGGUGAUUGAGAAGAAGCCAGAAGUCUUCAAAAUUGAAUGCCUUACUGACAUUAAGAAUCUUUUCCUGCCCAACAAACAUCCCUUUUAUGCCGCAUUUGGAAACCGACCAAAUGACGCCUUUGCCUACAAGGAGGUUGGAGUGCCACUCUGCAGAAUCUUUACGGUUAACCCCAAAGGAGAGCUCAUACAGGAGCAAACCAAGGGCAACAAGUCUUCGUACAGUAGAUUGAGUGAGCUGGUGGAUCAUGUCUUUCCCUUGCUGAGUAAAGAACAAAGUUCAGCUUUCAGUUUCCCAGAGUUCAGUACAUUCUGUUUCUGGCGUCAGCCUAUCCCUGAGAUCUGUCCGGAAGAUCUGCUAUUAUAAACCAUCCCAGAAGGGCCAUCUAUUACACUAUCAGAGUCAUCUCUGCCAUCAGGACCAUUAACCUUUCCACAUCUCGGCUUAAAGACAAAUAAAGGGGCCGUCCUAUCCACCUAGGAAAUAUGAACUGCACAAAAGCACCUCUAAGAUGAACCAGCUUAAGAGACAACAAUAAAAAACACCCCAGUGUCACAUUAAUUAGAUGUGAGCAGAACGUCCACAAACUGAAACACCUGGUGCUGCUCUGUAACAAUAUUUCUAAUCUGUAUAAUUUUGAUUAGCUGCUAUGAGUUCGGCUGCUUCAGCUCUGAAGGAAUUUAUUGCUAAUGGGCUAAUGUUUACAGUAUUAGUAAAACUAACAAUGGCCUGUUGGUCAGCGGAAUGAAUGCACAGCUGUUUGUUUGGGUAUGUGUAUGGUUAAAGGUGGCAUACAAAUCUGCUCGUAAUCGUAAGUAAUUAACGAAGAUAUUCUAUACAACCCCUAAUUUACAUUUUUAGAGCAUAGAUUAUUUAUAUACAAAGGCAUUAGUUAAUAUAUAUAUAAACUAAUUAACAUGCACUGCCUCCAACGUGGUGACGGUAUGACAGUUUGAAUAUGCAUUUCCAGAUUGAGCUGAAUCUCGUACUGGAUACUGAAAAGUAUGCACAGAAUGAGCCGUGCCACGUGAGGACUCAGCUCAUAAUUUACAGUUCAGCAGAUUUAGCCUGCACAACCUUGUAAAGUCGACUGGAUUUGUAUGAAAAGUACACCAAGGAGUUCAUCGUAAUUGGGCUUUCUUGUUACUUUCCAACUGUUGACAUUUUCAUCGUCUCGUUGCUGCAGAACGCCUUACCGAUCGCACUUUUUCAGCUGCAGCUAAGAAAGAAAAAAUAUCAGAUGGUCUUGCACUUAACUCACGACAGAAAUGCAAUAACGUUUGAAGCUUUUCAGCAGCCUUUUGUGCACUAUACAAGGAUUUAAGCACUUUUAGAUCCCUUAUGUAAACCUCAGCAAGAGAUCUGUAUUAAGUUAAGAAGCAUGUAGUAUAUAUUUGCUUUUAAAAUGAAGACAUGUUAUACUUAAAGUAUAAAGAGAGUAUAAAGUGGUCUUUUACGUUUUGUGUUUUUCCAUUGACCAGGACUUUGCAUGCUUAGUUAGAAAUAGAAAUAGGACCAUUUGUGUUUUACACAUUGCAUUGAUGCUUUCUCUUGGGUUAGACAGUUUGAAGGGUCUUGACUACCACUAUUAGUGGAUGAUCUUUAACAGCGGAAAGCUGAAUUUGUUUAUUAUUUGAAAAUAUUGAAGCUGAUGUGCAAGUGAAGGAUGAAAGCAAUCAGAUCAUUCCACUUGAUCACCAUCGACUGAAGUAACAUGCCCUCUUUUCUACUAGCUGAUCUCUAUUGUCUUGUUCCCUACCUUUGGGCUUUGGUCUAGUUGCUUUAGAAUCUCGUAAAGGUAAGUUUUAGAGCACUGUGUGCCGGAUGUUAAAAUAGAUGUACUGUACAGAAUUAGAGUACAAUUAAAUCAUUAUAAGUCAAAUCAUUUAGGGAAAAAUUGGGGCAUUUCAUGGUUCAGUUGACUGUUGUUGUUUAAUAUGUAUGUGUGUGUGUGUGUUGCACUUUGCGUCUGCAGUUAUGAUGUUUGGAAGUGAAAUCUGUUAAUUGUUAACAAAGGAAUCUCAUUCUUUCUAUGAAAGUAAUACCUCUUGUGUGGGAUGAACACACUCAUCUUGUAUGAAACUAAUGUUAAUGUUAAAAA